UAGCCGUUAAUGCUGUGAUUGUGACUGUGGCUGUCGCCAUCCGCUUGCAGCUCGCUUGUGUCGCGUGCAAAGGUGCUUCACAGCCAUCAUUGUUAGCCAUUAUUAAUCUAGAUGGGAUGUUGCCUGAUGACUGCAGUGACCAUAAGUGGCUUUAAGGAAAAAACCAGCGUUUAAAACAAAUAUGAUAGUGACUUACUGGUUGAUACGCAAAGUCUAAAAACAUAACUACACACAUACAAACAUAAGUACGUGUUUGUGAAAAAAUGCCGAGUACGAGCGGUUAGAAUUAUGUGAAAUGGCGUGUGGCUAUUGCCGAUCGAAGACGAGCGCGUUUCGUCGUUUUGGGUAUGGCUUACAUAGAUAGAAGUCGAUGUAGAAGAUCAGAGUGGACACCGAGGGCAUAUAAAAGCUUCUGUUUAAGUUAACAACUAGUUUCGUUUCAAUCGACGGGAGGAAUUGUGUAGUUGCAUUUAAGUGCGCCAAAGAGCCGUUGAGCAAAAAACAGAUUUGAUAAUAUUUAAUAUACAAAAUUUUAAGAAAAAAUUACAAAACAAUAAAAACAAAUUUCAAUACAAUCAAACAUCGAUUUGCAGUGUCGCGUUUACUUCGAAUUUUAUAGAAAAUGUAUAAAUUUGUUUUUGUAGCCAUCGUGGCUUUGGCAGCCUUGCAGAUCCAGCAGAAUGAUGCAUUCAUCAUUGUUUCGAAAAGUAUUAGUGCAGCCCCAGCCCCUGCAGCACCCGCCUUGGAUCCUAAUGCGCUCAUACAGGGUAUAACCAAUGCCGUGACAGCUAAGAUCCAAACUGUUACGCAAGUGGUUGGCAGUUUGGUGCAGGCCAAGACGAAUCUUAAGCAGAGUUUGUUAAAGAACGUAUUGAACACUGUUAGCAGCGUCAAGCCAGUUUAUAUUACUAAAACCAUUCGUAUACCCAUUUGGGUGAAAGCUCCAGCUGCUUCCGUCACCACCACAGCUGCAGCCCCGUCGGAGCCCGUGGCAACUACGACUUCCCAAGCGGCUGGUUACUCCUACGCCCAUAGACACCGUCACUAAAGCUACACAUAAAUGCAUACAAAUAUUAGUACUUAAGUUGGUACCUAAGUAGAGUGCUAUACAAAGAUUUAAUAUCUACAAAGUUAAAAUUACAAAUAUACGAAAUAUUUUACGAUUGUAUUUGUAUAAAUAUGAAUUUUACGAUUAUUGCAAAUAAAACUUAAGUUUUUUUAGUUAA